AUGACCGUCGUCACACUUCCCGAGCCUUUCGCGAGCAUUCCCCGAGAGAACUUCCUCUUCGGCGCAUCUCCCCUCCAACCCCUCCCCCGCAUAUCCGCCGCUCUCGGCGGCAAAGUCAACGUCUACGCAAAGCGCGAGGACUGCAACUCUGGUCUUGCCUACGGCGGAAACAAGGUCCGGAAGCUUGAGUACCUCGCUGCUGAGGCGCAAGCCCAAGGAUGUGAUACCCUCGUCUCAAUCGGCGGCGUUCAGUCCAACCACACCCGCGCUGUCACAGCCGUCGCUUCAAAGCUCGGCCUCAAGGCUGCGACGGUUCAGGAACACUGGGUCGACUGGGAGGACCCUGGCUAUGAGAAGGUCGGCAACAUCCAGCUCUCGCGACUCAUGGGCGGCGACGUGAGACUUGACCCUUCCACAUUCGGCAUCGAGCACAAGACAACUCUCGCCAAGCUCAAGGACGAGCUCAAGGAGAGCGGUCGCAAGCCCUACUACAUCCCCGCCGGUGCCUCAGACCACCCCCUCGGCGGCCUGGGCUUUGCGCGAUGGGCCUUUGAAGUUGAGGCGCAAGAGAAGGAGCUCGGUAUCUUCUUCGACACCAUCAUCGUGUGCGCCGUGACAGGUUCCACCUUUGCCGGCAUGAUCGCCGGCUUCAAGCUGGCUGAGAAGAACGGCUCCCCCAAGCGCAAGAUCAUUGGCAUCGACGCCUCAGGCAAAGUGCAGCAGACCUUCGACCAAGUGCUGCGAAUCGCCAAGUCCACAGCCGCCAAGAUCGGUCUCUCAGAGGACGACAUCACAGCCGACGACGUGAUCCUCGACCCCAACUAUAACGCCAAGGUGUACGGAAUUCCCGACGAGACCACCAUCGCGGCUAUGAAGUUUGGCGCAGCGACGGAGGCCUUCAUCACGGAUCCUGUGUAUGAGGGUAAAAGUUUGGCGGGCAUGAUGGAUUUGAUCAAGACUGGCAAGAUCGCGAGCGGGAAUGUGCUUUAUGCUCAUCUAGGAGGUCAACUGGCUCUGAAUGCUUAUUCAUCUCUAUGA